GCCCCGGAAGCGCCGUUUCCCGGUAGCGCCGCCGCUUCCGCCGCCGCCGCCGCCAUGGCGAAGCUGCUCAGCUGCGUCCUGGGCCCGCGGCUCUACCGGGUGCACCGGCCGCGGCUGCCCGGGGCGGCCCCGGGCGGGGAGGCGCGGGGGGAGCCGGCCUGGGACUCGUACUACCAACCGCGGGGGCUGGAGAAGCACACGGACAGCGUCCUGGCGCUGGCCUCGGUGCUCUGGUCCAUCUCCUGCUACGCCUCCCCCCUGGCCCUGCUCUACCUGUACCGGAAAGGCCUGCUGACCAUGUCCCGCGUGGUGCCCCUGUCCCACUGCGCCGCCACCCUGGGGCUGCUGCUGGCGGGCGUGGCCUGCCUGCGAGGGCUGGGCCGCUGGAGCAACCCCCAGUACCUGGAGUUCAUCGCCGUGCUGGAGGAGAGCCACCGCUCCGGCAGCGCCGACAGCAGGCGGAAACUCGGCCUCUACACCUUCGACUUCCGCAGCUGGCCCGUGGAUUUCCGCUGGGACAGCGCCGGCCCCGCCUGGGGCGGUGCCCGGGCGGUGCCGCUGCUCCCGGCCCGGCCCCGCGGCGCCUCCCGGGGGCUCCUGGGGACGCUCCGGAACCUUCCGGGAGCCAUGGCCAGGCUGCUCCUGGCGCACACCCUGGGCCGCCGGAUGCUGUUCCCGGGCUCGGUGCGGCUGCUGCAGCGAGCGCUGCUGCCCGCCCUGCUGCAGGGCCAGGCGCGCCUCAUCGAGCAGGUGGGAGCCCCAAAAUGUCCCAAAUUCAUCCCAAAAUAUCCCCAAAAUAUCCCCAAAAUAUUCGUGGAUUUUGGGGGGUCUGACCCCCUCUCCCCGCAGGUGAUUUGCUGCGAGGGCAACGCCGGCUUCUACGAGGUCGGGUGUCUGAGCACCCCCCUGGAGGCCGGGUACUCGGUCCUGGGCUGGAACCACCCCGGCUUCGGCGGCAGCACCGUGAGUGGGGGGUACCCCAAAAUCGUGGUGGGGGAGGGGCUGGAGGCGGUGCGGGAGUGGCUGGAGGCGGCGACCCCCGAGGAGGAGGGCUCGCUGCUGCGCCGCUGCCGCCCGGACGAGCGCCGCUGCCGGGAGCUGCUCGAGGCCUUCGCCGGCCAGCGCCGCCCCCCCUUCCCCUGGGCCAUGGGUGAGGAGCUGAGCCCCGCCCAGCGCCGCCAGCUGGCGCUCUACCUGGCCCAGCGGCACCUGCAGAACUUCGAGGCCUCGCACUGCACG